GAAAAGGUAUGGGCGCCUGGUCGAUGACGUCAGCUCCGGUUGCCGGGGCUGAGUCGGAAGUGUUGAAAGCCCUUGGCCUCGGAGAGUUCCCGGUGCUGCUGCCGCUGGCCCCCUCAGGCCCCGCCCCUCCCCCAGGUCUGGAUGGAGUCUACUUUAAAGUGAAAUGACAGACCAGGACAAUAACAACAACAUCUCCAGUAACCCCUUUGCUGCUCUCUUCAGUUCCCUGGCUGAUGCCAAGCACUUUGCAGCGAUCCAGAAGGAACAGCUGAAGCAGCAAUCUGGUAAGUGUAUGACAAGAUCAAAUUUUCUGGCAGAUGAUCCCUCAGCUAGCCCUGAUGACUCGGAUAACAGUGUGUCGGAAAGUUUGGAUGACUGCGACUAUUCUGUCUCUGAGAUUAGCCGGUCAUUCCGUUCCCAGCAGGAGAUAUGUGAGCAGCUCAACAUCAAUCACAUGAUCCAAAGGAUUUUCCUCAUCACCCUGGACAACAGUGACCCAAGCAUGAAAAGUGGGAAUGGGAUCCCCAGCCGCUGUGUGUAUUUGGAGGAACUGGCAGGAGACUUGGAUGAACAAGACUGGCUUGAUAUGAACAACAUUGAGCAGGCCCUCUUUACCCGAUUGCUGCUUCAGGAUCCAAGCAACCACUUGAUUAACAUGACCUGUUCCACAACAUUAAACCUCUCUGCAGAUCGAGAUGCAGGGGAGAAGCACAUUCUCUGCUACCUUUAUUCCUGUUUCCUAAGAGCAAAAGAGGAGAUUACUAAAGUACCAGAAAACCUGCUGCCCUUUGCUGUGAGGUGUAGGAACCUAACUGUUUCUAAUACCCGAACUGUCCUCCUCACUCCAGAGAUUUAUGUUGACCAGAAUGUAGAUCACUGGUAGACCUCUUGUUUGGAAGCAAUUCGAGGGGCCCAUUUUGAAGAUGUAACUGAGUUCCUUGAAGAGGUCAUUGAAGCCUUGACAAUGGAUCAGGAAGUUCGGACAUUUCAAGAAGUCAUGGUUCCAGUAUUUGACAUUUUGUUGAGCAGAAUAAAAGACUUGGAUCUCUGUCAAAUUUUGCUAUAUACAUAUCUAGAUAUGCUCCUCUAUUUCACAAGGCAGAAAGAUAUUGCAAAAGUUUUUGUAGAGUACAUUCAGCCCAAGGACCCCAGCAAUGGACAGAUGUACCAGAAGACCUUACUGGGAGUAAUUCUGAGUAUCUCCUGCUUGUUAAAGACUCCAGGGGUAGUGGAGAAUCAUGGCUACUUCUUGAAUCCAUGCCCGAUCCAGGUCCCCAGGAGAUCAAAAGUCCAGGAGGCCAAUUUAAAACAGUUCAUGGCUCAGUUCCACGAAAAGAUUUACCAGAUGCUGAAGAACUUACUCCAGCUCUCCCCAGACACCAAGCAUUGGAUCUUGUCCUGGCUUGGAAACUGCCUAUAUGCCAACGCAGGCCGCACCAAGAUCUGGGCCAAUCAGAUGCCUGAAAUCUUCUUCCAGAUGUAUGCCUCAGAUGCCUUUUUCCUGAAUCUGGGUGCUGCCCUUCUAAAGUUGUGCCAGCCAUUUUGCAAACCUAAAUCCCCUAGGCUGCUAACCUUUAACCCGACCUACUGUGCCCUCAGUGAGCUGAAUGAUGAAGAGAGAAGGAUAAAAAAUGUGCAUAUGAAAGGUUUGGAUAAAGAGACUUGUUUGAUUCCUAAAGAGAGUGACCAGGAGAUGCAGUUUGCCCAAAACUACAACCUGGUAACAGAGAACCUGGUCCUGACACAAUAUACUUUGCACGUGGGUUUUCACAGGUUGCAUGACCAGAUGGUAAAAAUCAACCAGAGCUUGCACCGGCUGCAGGUCGCCUGGCGUGAGGCUCAGCAAAACGCCAGCCCCACCGCGGAUAGCCUCCGAGAGCAGUUUGAGCGCCUGAUGACCAUCUAUCUCUCCACCAAGACUGCCAUGACUGAACCACAGAUGCUACAAAACUGCCUCAAUUUGCAGGUGUCCAUGGCUGUUCUUCUGGUUCAGCUAGCCAUUGGCAACCAAGGCACAGAGCCAGUAGAACUGACCUUCCCUUUACCGGAUCAGUACAGCUCUUUGGCUUAUGUGCCAGAAUUUUUUGCGGAUAACCUGGGAGAUUUUCUUAUUUUCCUACGGCGCUUUGCUGACGACAUCCUGGAGACAUCAGCUGAUUCCCUGGAGCAAGUUCUUCAUUUUGUCACCAUUUUCACUGGGAGCGUAGAGAGGAUGAAGAAUCCCCACCUGAGGGCCAAACUGGCAGAGGUGUUGGAAGCAGUCAUGCCACACCUAGACCAGACCCCCAAUCCCCUGGUGUCCAGUGUGUUCCACCGUAAGCGCGUGUUCUGCAGCUAUCCCCAUGCAGCCCAGCUUGCUGAAGCGCUCAUCAAAGUCUUUGUAGACAUUGAGUUUACAGGAGACCCCCAUCAGUUUGAGCAAAAGUUUAACUACCGUCGCCCCAUGUAUCCUAUCUUAAGGUACAUGUGGGGAACAGACCCCUAUAGAGAAAGCAUAAAGGGUCUAGCUGAUUACGCCUCUGAAAAUUUGGAGGCCAUGAAUCCCCCUCUCUUUCUCCGCUUCCUUAACCUGCUGAUGAAUGAUGCUAUCUUCCUAUUGGAUGAAGCCAUACAGUACUUAAGCAAAAUAAAGAUUCAACAGAUUGAGAGGGACCAAGGUGAAUGGGAUAGUUUGUCUCCAGAGGCCCGUCGAGAAAAAGAGGCCAGUCUGCAAAUGUUUGGGCAAUUGGCCCGAUUCCACAACAUCAUGUCUAAUGAAACCAUUGGGACCUUGGCCUUUCUGACAUCAGAGAUCAAGUCCCUCUUUGUACACCCCUUCCUGGCUGAACGAAUCAUCUCUAUGCUAAACUACUUCCUUCAGCACCUGGUUGGUCCUAAGAUGGGAGCCUUAAAGGUCAAGGACUUCAGUGAAUUUGACUUCAAACCCCAGCAGCUUGUUUCAGACAUCUGCAACAUCUACUUAAACCUUGGUGAUGAGGAGAAUUUCUGUGCUACUGUGCCCAAAGAUGGACGAUCUUAUUCCCCAAUGCUAUUUGCUCAGACAGUCCGAGUCCUGAAGAAAAUAAACAAGCCUGGAAAUAUGAUUGUGGCUUUCAGCAACCUGGCAGAGAAGAUCAAGUCUCUUGCAGAUCUUCAGCAACAAGAAGAAGAGACCUAUGCAGAUGCCUGUGAUGAGUUUCUAGAUCCCAUUAUGAGCACACUGAUGUCAGACCCUGUGAUGCUGCCAUCUUCAAGAGUCACUGUGGAUAGGUCCACAAUAGCCAGGCAUCUGCUCAGUGAUCAGACUGAUCCCUUUAACCGUAGCCCCCUAACUAUGGACCAGAUCCGGCCAAACACAGAACUGAAAGAGAAAAUCCAACGGUGGCUUGCAGAGAGGAAAUUACAGAAGGAACAACUUGAGUAAAUACUGUGAAUUUAACAAACCAAAAGCCAACCCCAAGAAUGUGUAUAAAUAAUAUAGUCUAUUAGUCUCUGUCCCCCCUCCUGUUCCCCUCAUCCAUUGACUCUCCAUCCUCCCCGUAAACACCUUUCUUUCACUCCUGUUUUCCCUUCUCUUUUCUUUCUUAUUCCCCACCUUUCCCUUUCCCCUAUUCCUCUCCCUCCCCCAAUCCCCAGUCUCUCUUCCCUCUCUUCUCUUUCUUCCAUUCCCUCAAAUGGAGAAUUGCUGUUGCACAGAUAAUGGUAGUUAUUUCUCCAAGAACUUUCAAAUCUGUGCUCCCCUGGCUGGCUGAUAAUUAUUGGUUUAUGUGACAUCUCCAAGUGUAGAAAGUCGCCAACUUUCACCUUUUUGUUUCCUCUUCCUCUUUUUUCCCCCUUCAACUUAGACUAAUAAUAACAGCUUUACUAAAGCUUUCUGGUAGUCUCAAUAUGGGAGAGGCUAAUUCCUUAUUGUGUUUCUCUUAAGUACUGGCUACUUACCAGGCAAAUUGCUCAUUAUUUUUGUUAUUCACUGAUAUUAAGGACUUGAUGUCACAUAUUUCGGUGGCAAUUGGUAUCACCAAAAAAAUAUUUUGGCCAGACCCCUAUCAGAUUCCAUAAGCUGGACUUCAGCCUUUCUCCUUAUUACAGCUCUGUGAUGUUAUUGCUACUUUUGUUAGAUAAUAACAAAAUUUAAUGUGAAUAAAAUGCCUUGAUGUUUGCAGAGGCUUUUUAAAAGGUGAUGGACAAGAUAGAAAGAGGUUAUCUUAUGCAAUUUCUGUCAGAAGCCAUGAGUUUGUGUGGUCUUGGUGUUUGUUAUUUUGGAAUGGUACCCAGGGAUACCAUCUUAUCCAAACACUCCCCUGUGGGGAGCCCUUUCCAAUUAUAAGAUUUAACACUAUGAUAUUUUUAUGAAGAUUAGUGGGACAUAGCAGCAGCUUUGACACUUCUAGUCUGUAUAUCCUGGGGUAAGGGCAUAGCAGUGCCUAUUUAGAGGAAGGCAAGUGUCCACUGAUUCCUCUGGCAUCUGCAAAAACAAAAAACAACAACCAAAAAAACCAUAACUGCCGGGACUAGAAUUAAGUAGGAGAAAGUGUGACAAGUUGUAUUAUGACUAGGGUCCUUUCCUUUCUCUGUUAUUUGAAAUCACUAAUAUCCAGCCAACAGCUGUCUUGGUCAAUGCAGAAUCUGUAUCUCAGUGUAUGUAUUAUUUAGGUGCAGUAUAAACUAUAUACCAAUUUAUAUUGUGCCUUUUGCAUGAUUAUAUGUGUGCAGUGUAGUGUGUAGACACAUUUUCUGACACUUUCAUUCUAUCUAAAUAAGAGUCUUAGAUUGUAAAGUAUGUAUAUUAAUGUAUAUUUGGGCCUGUAGCCAGAGGAUCUGACAAAGCUGGCCUCAGCCCAGCUCUGGAUUCGAACUUAACAAAGAAGUAACUUGGGGGGGGAGCCUUGGCCCCAUACAUUUUGCAUAUUUGUCAUUGAAUUUCAGUCUUAUCCUCUUUAGGAUGGAUGGGCUGUGAUAAACAGGCGGGCCACACUUAUUGAGUUUUAUAAGUUAAGUUCUCCAUUUAUGUGCUGGAAAAGGCAUCAUAGUGUUCAAAACCUUUCCUUCCCUCAAGGACUGUUUUUAUAUGUAUUAUACCUGUAAACCUAGAAAUUCCAUAACUGAAAAUUAAUUUAACAUGUUUAAAUGUUUUUAUAGGAAGUAAGGAGCAUUAGUCCUUGAUUUAAUGUACAUUAGAAUGGGCUGUGACCUUUUUAAAAUGAGUUGGUAAAGGUCUCUAGACAAAUGUCCAUUGAGAGUAGUUCUAAUAGGUUAUCACUGUCCUAGUGUUUGUCUCAUAUGGAAAGCCAUAAAUCAGAUGGGCCAGAGAGGGUGUACCUAGAUUAUGUGAGGUGGCUAUCACAUGCUGCCUUGGUUUUACGUGAUCUGGGAACCCAGAAUUCUUUCACCAAUGCCACAAUAUGUUUUGAAUUGCUCCAAGAUUUGUUUGUUACCUUGUCAUGUGCUUCACUUCAAACCCAUUACCCUGUAACAUUCUGAAAAUGAAUUGUAUACAGUACCAAGGCAUCUAGCUACUUAUAUGUCUCUUACACAUACACUUAGAAUGUAAAGAAAACAAAGACCAGAGAUUUACAGGGAAAACUGAUGGAUGAAUUUGAGCAACAAAACCUCAAAAGUCAGCUGUCCCCAGCAGCUUUCUAGAUAACCUCUAUGCUGCCUCUAGUAUAUGUAUCUGUUGUAUUUCUUUCUCUGUGUGGCCUUUAGAUUGUAAGCCUUUCUUGGCAAGCUUUUAAAAAUCUUCUUUCUUGAAAAUCUACAUGUAUGGCUGAAGCACUAUGUAAGUGAUAGUGCCUAAAAACCUGCUGCUGAAUUUCCUUAAAUUAACAUCACAAUCCAACAGAAUGGAAGAAGUAUGUCAUUUAAGGGUACCCCUUGGUGGUGAAGCCAUUGCUCCCUGUGCCUUUCUCACAAUGAGUUGAAUUAAGGGCACCUAUGAAAUAAAUGUUUUCAAAUUACCAUCUUCAUAUAGGGUAUAAAUGAAGCUUAAGGAGAUGGUUCCAAACUCAGAAGCAAUUCUUUAAAUUUAUAUCUUUAAGGGUCUUAAAAGAGGUUUCUUAAAGCAUUGGAACAUUUGAUGAGAAAACGAAGACUAAUCAGUUUCAACACUGCUCAUAACUUUCCAAGAGUGAUAUUAAAAUUGAAUAUUUAGUAGGCUUUAUCAAGUAGUACUAGUGUUUGGGUUUUUUUUUUAAAUACAGUUCUUAACGUGUGUGUGAAAUCGAAGGAACAUUUCCAUCUUUGCAGCUGGCAGCUGUAAUUUUUUUUUAAGUUGAAGGUGUCAAACUGUACCAGGGCUGUUCUGCUUUGUCUGAUCUGGUUGCUGAGUAGCCAUUACACAAGCUCUUCAGGUGCUUUGGCAACCCUGAGGCUAGUACUGCAUUGUGUUGCAGUAUCACGUGAAGAAAUAAUCCGCAGGACCCAGCUAUUAAAUAGGAAAUGAAUCCGAAGAAGAAACGUGGAGAAUCAGAAAGUUUUGCCAUUGAAAUAAAUUUAGUCAUCCAAAUUGUAUGUGGAAAGGUUCCCUGAAGGUCACCGCUUGUCAGCUUUUGCCUAGGGUGUUUGUGCAGAACUUGUAUUUAAUAAAUAACUGCCUAGAGCCACA